AUGGACGGUCUACGAAGAAACAGAUUUAUAAAUAUGAACUCGUCAAAUUUUCGUAACUCCUCUACGGAUAUUUGGGAAUCUGCAGUACCACCUGCUCUUCAGUUUGCCUUUGGGGUGAUUGGAAAUGCGAUUGCUCUUGUUGUGCUAAUUUUCUCUUCAAAAAAUCAUCAAUGGCGGCCAUUUUACCGACUUGUAUGUGGGUUGGCCAUAACUGACGGAGGUGGAAUUCUUCUGGUGUAUCCAACAGUAAUGAGUCGUUACGCGUCAAACUUCACGUUUACAUUUCCAAAAGAGCUUUGUGAUUACAGUUCGUUUAUUUACACAUUUACGUUAAUAUCAUCCGCAAUGAUCAUUUGUGCUAUGUCUUUUGACCGAUUUCUUGCCAUUCUCUAUCCAUUUUUUUACAACUCGGGGAACAAAGGCCGUCGAACAAACUUCAUUCUUGCAUUGAUUUGGUUGAUUGGACUUCUUCUGUCCACCCUACAUCUAAUGGGUCUGGGGUCCAGCUACAAUUACUAUCCCUAUUCCUGGUGCUUCCUCAACUUUGUAGGAGGAACCAUUGAAGACCGUAUCAAUUCUUAUAUAUAUUCCAUUUUUGGAUUGCUUAUUUUGAUUUGUACCCUUUUUCUAAAUAUAUCUGUGAUUUUGAAUGUGUGCAGAAAACUUAGACGAGGCAGUCAGAUAUCAACAGGACGAAGCGUGAAGAAUGACGUCUACAUCAUCAUCUUUUUACUGGUCAUUGUCGUCAUCUUCACUACAUGCUGGGCUCCGCUCAUGGUUGUGAUCUUUUCACAUGCUGCAUCCUUAAUGGAAACAUCAGAUAUAGAAGGUGGUCAGUUAGAACUUCUCGCUUUGAGAUUCGCUGUGACCAAUUCUAUCAUUGAUCCUUGGAUCUAUAUAUUACUAAGAAAAGAGACUCUUGUUGGGCUAAGAAAACUAAAAAGAGGGUUGAUGCUCAGAAUAAAGAUUGUCAACGAAUCUAUCCAUGACAACAGUAUUAACAGAAAUUCGGAGAGAGAACGCCGUAGGUAUCCGUCAAAGGUAACGCAAACUGGGUCGAGGACAACUUCGAAGAGAACAGAAGAACCGAGUUCAAGACCACAUAUUUUGGAGAAAAUUAAAGUAUUUACAAUCACGAAGGGUACAUAUAACGAGCAUUCUCUCUAA